AGCUCGGUUAGCUUCAUGCUAACUGACGCAGCAGCUGUUACUUCCUGUUGGGAGAAAUGUCGCUCUGAAGCCCCGACAGCAGCAGGAGGCUCCUCUGGAUGCUGACAGUAGUUCAACAUGGCUGUGUUUGAAAACUGCUCAGUUCUUCUGGAGCUGAAAAAUCUGCCCUCCAAGAAGAAGAGGCAGCUGAAGUCUGCAGUGACAGAUAACGGAGGCCGGCUCUCCUUUGUGGUCAAUAAACAGUGCUCUCUGGUCGUCACCAACGAUGUGUCCAACCUGAGCUCCAGCCGGCUGAGGAGCAUCCAGAAGCUCCAGACUCCGGUGGUCGGCCCGGACUACGUCUACAGCUGUCUGGAUAAAGGAGUCCUGCUGCCGGUGGACCAGUACCAGCUGGAUACCUCCUCAGCUUCAUCACAUCCUCCUCAUCCUCAUGUGUUCACACCCAGACAGGACCAGCCUCCACAUCCAGAACAUGUGGUACCAACCAGAGGAGCGACCAGCAGAACACUUCCUGAACCGAUGGACUCUGAUGGUCCGACUCAGAUGGAGGAAACUCCGGAGAAGUUCAGAGUUUUUCCUGAAGCUGAUUCCAGCCUUGCUGCUAACUUUCAAGUGGCCAAAUAUUCAAUCUUUCAAAAGGAGAACAGCAACACCUGGUGUGUGCUGGAGCUGCAGAGCGCCAAAGCAGAGAAAGGACGAGUCUAUCGAGUGAUCAGAUACUGGAAGGACGACGUCGGAGCAAAGAAAGAGGCUGUGAAGAAAAAGCAGAUGUUUCCGUCCACAUCAGAGGAAGCUGUUCAGGCCUACCAAGUCCUGAAAGAGGAGGUAGAAGCUUCUGGUCUGAAGAAGAAGACUGUUGUUCCUCCUCAGAACCAGGAUCUGGGUUCUGCUGCCUUCCAUCAGCUGCUGCUGGAGGAGAAGCUGAACUCUGGAAGCGUCUCUCAGGAGGUGGGCCGGUUGGUGGAGCUGCUGUGGACGGAGGCUUUAGGAUGCAUCGGAAACAUCCUCUCAGUUCCCAUCAACAAGCUCAGCCUCAGUGAUGUAAGCAGAGCUGAGGGUUUGUUGCUUCAAGCUCAGAAGAACCUGAAGGAGAACCCACUUCAGGUGUCGUCCCUCCUGAUGGAGUUCAACUCUCUGCUGCCACACAGGAACCCUGAAAAUGACGCCACCGCCAAGUUCUUCUCAAAGAAACUGGACCUCUGUCAGCUGAUCCGAGACGUUCUGACGGUCAGUGAGAUGACUCUGAGGAACCCGUCACCGUCCUGCGUUGGGAAAUAUCGAGCUCUGAGGUGCAACGUUGAAACUGUUCCCCCUGGCAGCUCCGAGUUCCACAAUGUGACCAGCCUGCUGCAGGACAGGAAGCUGCAGAUCCAGCAGGUGUUUCGAGUCAACAGACCGGUGGAGCUUCCGACGUUUCAGGCUGAGAUCGGUAACGUUAAGUCGCUGCUGCACUCGUCCAGUCCCAGCAACUUUGUAGGAAUCCUGUCACGAGGCCUGCUGCUUCCUCGUGCUGCAGUGGAGCAUCAUGGGAUACAGAGGACCGACGUUGGCAAUCUGGGCAGUGGGAUCUACUUUACUGACGCCGUGAGCACCUGCUUGAAAUACUCCAAUCCCAGCGAGACGGAUGGAUCUCGGCUGCUGCUGGUUUGCGACGUGGCGUUGGGUCGAUGCUCAAACGUCUACAAGCGAGAUGUCACUCUGACUCGAGCUCCUGAAGGUCACAGCAGCGUUCAUGGAGUCCGUGGAGGCCGAAGCACUCCGUCUGAGUUUGAGGAUGAUGAGUAUGUGGUCUACAGCCCUGAUCAGGUGAAACUGAAGUAUGUGGUUCAGUUCAGCAUCGAAGGAGACCAACCGAAGGACUUCAGUCCAGCCAUCAACACAUCAGCUGAGACCACCAAGCCUCCAUCUGACCGAGAUCUGGGUUCAGAGGUUGACGGGGUGGAAGACGUUAAAAACCCUCUGGACGACGUGACGGCGGGGCUGUUGGACAGCUCUGGGCAGCAGCUCCCCCUGCAGGCCGUCCACGUGAAAUGCAAGCUGAUGGAUCUGCUCUCUCAGGUGAUCAUUUUCCAGAAAUACACCAACCAGAGCUCAGUUCCCAUCGAGGCCAAAUACGUGUUUCCUCUGGACGAUUCUGCUGCAGUGUGUGGGUUUGAGGCUUUCAUCAACGGGAAGCAUGUGGUUGGACAGGUGAAGGAGAAAGAGACGGCUCGUAAAGAAUACAAACAGGCGAUCGCUAAAGGUCACGGAGCAUACCUGAUGGACCAGGACGCACCUGACGUUUUCACCAUCAGCGUAGGAAACCUGCCUCCAGGUGCCACCGUCCUCAUCAAAGUUACCUUCGUGUCUGAACUGAUCGUCAGAGAUGAAGCCGUUUUAUUCUCUUUACCAGGGAGUGUAGCUCCGUGGCAGGAGAGUGCAGCACUGAACCAGACCACACAGGUCACAGUGGAGAAGGUUUGUGUGACUGAUGAGGCAGCGAGUCAGAGAGAGUUCACCUUGGACAUGUCCAUUGAGAUGCCCUACGAGAUCACCAGCCUGCAGUGCAUCACUCACCAAGUCAAAACAAAGAGAACCGACUGUAAAGCUGUGCUGAGUGUGUUACCAGGAGAACUGAUGGGUUCUGACGGGUUCCAGCUGUCGAUCGGUCUGUCCAAGGUCCACAUGCCAAGGAUGUGGGUGGAAAACCACCCCGACAAAGACAGCCAGGCCUGCAUGCUGGUUUUCUAUCCAGACUUCAAGGUCGGUUCCCGCUCGUCUGCCAAUGAAGUCGUUCUGCUGUUGGACACAUCCGAAUCCAUGAAGGGAGAAUCUGUGUGUUCCGCCCGAAGAAUAGCUCUGCAGGUUCUGAAAAACCUCGAUCACAACGUCAGAGUCAACGUCAUUCUGUUUGGAACAGACCACAAAGAAGCUUUUCUGACAGCACAACCUCUCAGUGAAGUUAAAGAGGCAGCUCAAAGUUUCAUCAAGUCAUCGUCACUAGGGGGCAGCACUGAGCUCUGGAGGCCUCUAAGAGCUCUAAGCCUUCUUCCUCCGUCUGUUGGUGUCCGAAACCUGCUGCUGCUGUCGGACGGACACAUCCAGAACUCAGAUGUAAGCCUGAAGCUGCUCCGAGACAACGGCCAGCACAGUCGCCUCUUCACCUGCGGGCUCAGCUCGACAGCCAAUCGACACAUGCUGAGAGCGUUGGCCCAGGCAGGGGGCGGAGCCUACGAGUUUUUCGACGCCAAAACCAAACAUACCUGGGCCGAGAAGGUGUCCCGGCAGGUGAAGCGAAUGGCGUCUCCUGGCUGCAGCUCGGCGUCGGUGAAAUGGCAGCAGUUCAACCCAACAGCGCCUCCUCCUGUCCAGGCCCCGAAACAGCUGCAUGCUCUGUUUAACGACUGUCACACACUGGUGUACGGCUUUGUACCGCACUGCACCGAGGCGACGCUGCUGGGAAACCUGGGCGGUCUGAGGCUCCAAACCAUGGUGUCGACCAGCGAGCUGCAGAAGACCAGAGGCACGUUUCUUCACAAGCUCACAGCAAGAGCUGUCAUCAGGGACUACGAAGACGGAUUGCUGGAUGCCAGCGAAGCUGAACACGAGAGCCAGAAGGCGGAGCUGAAGUCCUUCAUCAUCGAGUUGAGCAGAGAGUUCUCCAUCCUGUCUCAGUUCACCAGCUUCGUGGCCAUCGAGGAAAGAGACUCGGACCAAUCAGAGGACGGCGUCACCGACAUCCCCAAGCUGCUCGCAGAUGAGGACGUGGACUUCCUGCCCUACAUGGACUGGACUUCUCCUCAGGACGACCAAGAGUCAGAUGAGGUUCGUCCAAUGAUGCCGUUUAUGUCUGGGUUAUGCAGCUACGACAUGAUGAUGGACGUCUACGAGGAAACAGGAAUGUCUCCAGAAUAUUCACCCACGAGCUGCAGACAUGAGGAGAUGGUGGAAUUGUUGAGCUGCAGUGAACCAGUCAUGGCUAAAAGAACGGGAAAAGUAACGCCAAAAGACACCUCCUCCUCCUCCUCUUCCUCCUCCAGGUCCCCUUCCUCUUCCUCCUCUGAGACGUCCUCAGAUGAAGACAUAACUUACCGUGUUUCCAAUUGUCUUUCUGCUGCUUCUGCUCCACCACAUGUCCAACGUCAACAGGCUCGAUCUCUUGACACCAAAAUACAAAGCCACGGAGAUGAGGAGAUAGUGGAUUUUUUUGCCUUUUUGCCACCUGUCAAGGAAUUAGGUGACGGCAUGGGUUUUGGUCUUUUUGAUGAUCUUCCUCCUGCUGGUUCUGCUCCAUCACAUGUCGAACCCCAGCAGGAUGGAGCUCCUGGUCCUCCUAAAGCCUCCUCAUAUCUGAAACGAGCUGUUUCUCCUCCUGGUUCUUCUCUGUCACAUAUCGAACCUCAACAGAUUGAAUCUUCUCCUCGUACAGCCGACACAUAUGUGAAAACAAAACUUCUUUCUAUUCUUCCUUCUUCUUUUUAUGAAGGCCCUCCUCUAGGUCAUCGUCAUAUUCUUUCUCACCAAGGAGGUAUGCCUCUUCCUCCUCCUCCUCCUCCUCAUUCAGCUUCUAAUUUUGUUCCUCACUCAGCUCCUCUUCCUCCUCCUUUUUAUGGAGGCCUUCCUCCUCCACCUCCUCCUUGUCUUCCUCCUCUCCAAGGUAUACCUCCUCCCCCUCCUCCACCUUCUUCUCGCCAAGUGGCCUCUCUAAGGCGACAUAAAAAAGCUUCCGCUGACUUGGACUCGUCAGAAGGUCACGAUUUUGCACCUCCAACUCCCUCGCUGCUCAGCGAUCCACCUGCCAUUGAAACUUCGAGGAAAGCUAGCAGCAAGCGUUUCAAGGUCCUGUCUAAGUCCGUGUCUCAUUUUGAUGAUCUGUCCCAUGAAAGUGGUGAAGUACUUAGAAGACAAAAAUACGUAGCAGGCAGUCCUUCUCACCUCGACGAUGUGGCCCAAGGCUUCGCCUUUGGGUCGACCCAACCCUUUAGGGGGUUCCACACAGUGCACGGUACCGUCUUUGGUUCUAAAGUUGCAGAUGAAUCUGUCGAGGCAUCAGCUCCUGCUAUUGGACAGUUUCAUGAUAACGAAGUUCUUCAACAAGCGGCCGAACGCUUAGUGGUUCGUGAAGAAGCGUCGACCAAUGAUUACAGCCCAUCCCCAUCUUAUGUUCCCACAGCACCAGCAGGUUUCAGUUCUUCUGCUGCAUCACUGUCUCUGGGUUUACCUGCACCUGUUGGACCAGUUCAACCACAACAACUACAGCGUCCUACCGAGAUGUCCAGACCAACCCUAUAUCCUUCUACAGGAGCUGCACCGCCACUUCUUGGUUCUUGGAGUGCAUCAGCGUCUCUGGGUGUAUCUGCCUCUCUUGAACAGGUUGAACAACAACCACAAGGGCAACAGCUUAAUGCCAAAACGUUCAAAUUAACCUCUUUUGUGGGAGAGUUAUCACCAAGUUUCGGUUCUUCGAGGGCAUCGGUGCGUCUGCAUAAACCUGCACCCACUGGACGGAUUCAGCAACUGAAACAGCGUCUUGCUACACCAACCCAACGUUCUCCUAAGGGAUAUGUACCAGGACUAGUACCUUUCGGUUGUUCAAGUGCAUCGGUGCCUCUGGAUAAACUUGCACCCGUUGGACUGGUUGAACAAUCACGUCGUUCCAAAAGCUUCGAGCCAGUCACAUUUGGUUUUUCAGGAGAUGAACCUUCAGUUUCCAGUUCUUUCAGUGCAUCCCUGGCUCAGGAUGACUUGCCACAUUUAACUCUGGGUAUCAGGAAGGGCCUCUCUCGAAUCCGAGGGAAACGUAGAGAGCAGCUGUCCACAACAUCUGGAACCACUGAGAGACCGUUGGACUUGAGGCGAGUUCCGCAAUGGGAAGCCAUCUUCCAGCUGCAGCGUCCAGAGGGCUACUGGGAAUUAACCCCAGAGCUGGGCAAACUUCUUCAUGUCAGCGUGGACGUCUUUGCCAACGUGUUCCUGAAAAAAAAAGGCAUCCUUUCUCUUGGUGUGAAGGCUCAUGAAGACAUCCUGAAGAUGUUGGCGACUCUUCUGGUUCUGCAGCUGCUGAGGCUGGAAAAGCGUGAAGAAGGAAAACUGCUGCGAACCCUGUUUUCUCUGGAAGAAUCCUCCGAGCCGAGGUCCGCCCACUGGGAGGCGCUGAAGAGAGCGGUGGACUGGGUCUGCUGGGCCGACCGGCAGUAUCCCUGCAUCUACAGCCGGCUGGAGUUCGGUUUUAGCUGGGAGUCGUCCACCCGACAGCUGCUGGGAUACGAAGACAUCCCUCCGUUCUCGGCUCUCCACCUGGAGAACGUGAAGGGGAUGCUAGUGGUUCGCUAAUCAAACCUGAGUGACUCUUUCUAUUGUCUUUAAGGUUCCCUUUUACACAGAUAUUCAUGCAUUUCUUUGCUUUACGACUUAUUCCAUCUUAAAAUCAGCUAUUUUUUAGAUCAUGUGCUCAAAGAUAGAAGUAUCUUUUUUUCCAUAUUUCCACUCAGCCUCAGUCAGAGAUUGUUUGAUCAGCCUGUUCAGUAUUACAGGUGAACAAUUCAAUUAUCUAGCUGUUGGUUUAACUGACAGGCCAACUGUCAAGCUACUCUACAAGCUAACUUACAGGUUAACUGUCAGGCUAACUGACAGGCUAACCAUCAACAAACAAUUUUUUUUUCUUAAAAAUUACAUUUGAAAUUUUCCAAAAAUAUCCGUAUUUCAUGUUCUAAAGAUUCCAGGCAAGUCAGAGAUGGUUGAGCAGAAUUCUUUCUCUAAUUUGAUUACAUAAUAAUCAUAUAUGUAAAAUACUAAUAACCAUUUUAGGCUGUCGGUGUGUUUACAUGCACUUAAAUAAUCAAACUGAUUUCUAAAACCUAACUGAGCUUUUUAUCAUACGACCUGUAUGACAUUAAAUUUGCAGGAUGUAAGAAAAUAUCAUAAUAAAGCAGCAGCCUCUAGAAGCCAAAUCAUCCUGUUAGCUAUAAACUGAUUACUUUUAUUCCUUGAGUGUACAUACAGUAUAACCUUUAAUCAUCACAGUUUAUUACAUAUAUACAGAUUUAGUUGAAUUAGCUGUGAUUUUAAACCUCUGAAGGAAAAGUAAGAUGAAGACCAAUGUUUAGAAGAUCUGACUGAAGGAAAGUCCUCAUUUUAAUUGUAAUUGUGAUCAAAGUUAUUCACUGUGAAUGUAAGUGUUUGCAGGUAGAAUUAUAAUAAAUUACAGUUGACAGCAUCAAAUACCGAAUUAAAACUCCUCUACAGCAAUUUGAACUAAAACUUAACACUGAACUAUGACUCUGACUUUGGAUUAAACUGAAUUAAAACCCAGAUUUAACUUGAAUUACAACUCAGAUUUAAACUGAAUUAAAACCCAGAUUUAUACUGAAUUAAAACCCAGAUUUAACCUGGACUAAAACUCUGAUUUAAAUCAGACUAAACUGAAUUAAAACCCAGAUUGAAAGUGAAUUAAAACUGAGAUUUAAACCGAAUUAAAACUCGAAUUUAAACUGGACUAACACUCUGAUUUUAAUUGGAUUAAACUGAAUUAAAACCCAGUUUUAACCUGAAUUAAAACCAAGAUUUAAACUUAAAAUCCAGAUUUAAACUUCAUUGAAACUCAGAUUUAAACUGGUCUAAAACUCGGAUUUAAAUUGGAUUAAACUUCAAUAAAACACAGAUUUAAUCUGAAUAAAAACCAGAUUUAAACUGUACUAAAACUCUGAUUUAAAUUGGAUUAAACUGAAUUAAAACCCAGAUUUAAACUGGACUAAAAAUAAACAAGAAACAAACUUCUUAGUGGAAGCAGUGAGAAGAAGACUAAAAAAAUAAAAUAAAUAAAAUCAAGAAAUUGAUGUCCAGAAGCCUCCAUUCUGGACCAGAAGUCUGGAAAACAAACGUCCUGUUGUUGAGGUAAAUAUCCAACAGCAAACAUCCAACCAAACCAGGUCUAAAGUUCCUGGAUUCCAGUCCCGUCUAAACCCUUUGAUGGAACCCAAAGAUCGCUGGUGAGAAGUUUAUUGGAGGUCAGAGGGUCUUAUUAUUGUUAUUAUAUAUUGAUUUGGGGGUUGAGUCAUUUUGCUUUUGAAGCUUUUUAGAUUUUAUAGUACAAGAUAUAAUCAAAAAAUUCUGCAUCUGUGUGAAUAAAAAUGUCAAAUUUUUGCCACCGUGGUCUCGUGGUGCAGAAAUGCUCUGCUCCCAGGGUUCCUGCACCACUUCUUCUUCAGUCCUGUUCUGCUAAAAGAUCAUCUCUAAGAACUGGAAUCUCCUGAAACAAUGACUCUGAAACUUCAGUUUCAUUUAGGAUGAGAAGAAGAAUUCACCUGGAGACAAACCUGGAGAGCAGAGUGGAUGGAAAUUGUGUUGUUGUGGCGUUAAAACUUAAUCACUGUGACACGUUAGCGGUUUUAGCCGUUGAUCUUCUGUGGUUAAGGGGCUUAAAUGCUUUGAUUGCACCUUUAUGUGAUGAACCAGUUUACAGAAAGUUAAAUAGCUGUCAGAUUAUUGGAUGUUGAUGCUUUUCAUGGUAGAAGCUCGUAUUGUUUCUGUGUGUAAUCAUGAACACAAUAAAAUUUUAAAUGAAAAA